AUGAUUUCGCGAAAUCAAUUAAAACGUUUGCAUUCAACAAUAGUUAAACCUUAUAUUUACAAUAAAGGUUUGCGAAGUUUAUGUUCAACAUCUAUAAAAUUUCACCGUGCUCAAUAUGAUACAAAACAAGAACCUGAAACGCACUUUGGAUUUAAGAAUGUUCCAGAAAGCAUGAAAGAGAAUUUAGUCGGACAAGUUUUUGAAAACGUAGCAACAAAAUAUGAUGUAAUGAAUGACGCCAUGAGUUUAGGAGUUCAUAGGUUAUGGAAAGACCAUUUCAUUAGAACUAUGGCUCCAGGACCUGGCACAAAAUUAUUGGAUGUUGCAGGAGGAACUGGUGACAUCGCCAUGGGAUUCCUGAAUUAUUGUAAAGAGAUUCAUGGAGAUGCUAGUGCUCAAGUCACGCUAUUGGAUAUUAAUCCUAAAAUGCUCGAGGUUGGUAAAAAACGAUUCGCUAAAUCUUCAUACAAUCAUACAUCACAAGCAACAUUUGAAAUUGGAAACGCGGAAAAUCUUUCAUCAAUUCCAUCAAAUUCAUUUGAUGUAUACACAAUAGCAUUUGGUAUCCGUAAUUGUACUCAUAUAGAUCGUGUAUUACGUGAAGCGUAUCGAACCUUGAAGCCCGGUGGAAGAUUUAUGUGUUUGGAAUUUGGAAAGGUCCAAAAUCCUUUAAUCUCAUCGAUAUAUAACUUUUAUUCCUUUCAAAUAAUUCCGGUGAUUGGACAAAUAAUUGCUGCAGAUAGAGAUUCUUAUCAAUAUUUAGUGGAAAGCAUUCGUCGGUUCCCUUCACAAGAGCAAUUUGCUGAAAUGAUAAAAGACGCGGGAUUUACUAUUGUAGGAGAUGGCUGGGAAGAUCUGACUUUUGGAAUUGUGGCAUUACACUCUGGGUUUAAACUUUAA